UGCGGAAGUAGUGUCGUCUCGUUCGGCUGACACGCAUCCACCGGUCAGGCUUGUUGUCUCCACCCCGCCGAGUUACGUCUGUGGCGACUGGUGCUGGUGUAUGAUCGGCCGCCUGCUCUCGAAGGUCUCCUUCAAGGUGCCGAGUGUGUUGUACAGUAUGUCGUCGAGGGAGAUGCCGCAGGUCGUGUUCGUGCUCGGCGGGCCUGGCGCCGGCAAAGGGACACAGUGCGCCAAGAUCGUGGAGAAUUACAGCUACACUCACCUGUCUGCCGGAGACCUUCUGAGGGAAGAGCGAGCCAGAUCAGGAUCCAAAGAUGGACAACUCAUUGCAAACUACAUUAAAGAAGGCAAAAUCGUACCAGUGGAGAUCACCAUCAGAUUACUCAAAAAGGCGAUGGAAGAGACCAUGCAGAUGGACAAGUCAAAGUUCCGUUUCCUCAUAGACGGCUUCCCCCGUAAUGAGGACAACCUUCAGGGCUGGAACUCUGUCAUGAAGGACUCAGCGGAUGUGAAGUUUGUGCUUUUCUUCGACUGCAGCAGUGACAUCUGUGUGCAGCGGUGCCUAGAGAGGGGCAAGGUUAGCGGGCGCACGGAUGACAACAAAGAAAGCCUGGAGAAGAGGAUUCAAACCUAUCUGCAGUCGACGCGACCAAUCAUAGAGCUGUACGAGAAGGAUGGCAAAGUGCGGAGAGUGGACGCCUCGCCGGCUCCAGACGUGGUGUUUGACAAAGUGAAAGCAAUCCUGGACCAGGAGGGUUGAGUCAUCCUCCUCCCCCCACAACUUCAAUUUUAUCUUCCUUUUUUUAUCAUCUGCCUAAUUGAAUAUCGGAAUUUUUUUUCUUAUUUUUGUUAAGUUUCUCCUUUUCCUGUCUCUUUUGUAAAUGUUAAAUUCUUAGUGUUUAAGGGGAAAAGUAGAGUACUUGGAUCAGGUAAGAUGGUUUGCUGUCGUGAUCUGCCACUGGGUUCUAUACAGCGUUUAAAAUCUUCAAGGGAUCCUUCCUGGCAUCUGUCUUUAUUUAAUUGAUAUGAAAUGUCUUUUACUAUUGCUUUUGGAAGCAGCACUGAUUGUCCUUAUCAUGAAGUAGGAGAGCAACAAGUAGAACCACGAUGAUGCGUGCGUGUAACUGAUGCAGGAACUAACACCACACCAGGUCGGAUGAUGUCUAGAGGAAACUUUUACUCGCACGUUUGGUUAAAUAUGUACUGUAUCUGCCUGCUGGCGGUUAAUAAAAGCGGAAACACUG